AUGCCCUUCAAGGAUGUAUUUGUGAGAUGGGUUCGUGUGGAUGGGUGGAGAAUGGCGCGUCCUCUCCUGCAUGCGACUGGUUGAUCGUCGCGUUGCUUUUGCUCGUGAUCUUCAGAUUGACGAACGGGUAUUGCGAAUUCCAGCGCCACAACGAUAUGCGAGAUGCAGGAGACCUUGCAUCGGCGGUGCAUUUCACUUCAGAUCUGGUGGACAUGAUGAAACGCGUUUCUAGAAAAAGCAUCAAUGCGUUGGUGUGCGAUGAACUCAUAGAGUUGAGGGGGUAUUGGAGGUGGUUAGAAUGGUAGCG